AUGAUCAAACUGGAGACCAGCCUGGAGAGCAUGUGCUCGGUGGUGCUGGAGGAGUCCCAGAACUUUGACUACGACGAAGAGAAGCCGCUCAACUCGACGAGACGGCGCCGGGGCGGGCGCUUGCAAGACGACAUCGAGAGGCAUACGUGCUCGCGAUGUUCGAAGAGCUAUAUACACGCGUGGCACCUGAAGAGGCACACGAAGUUUGAAUGCGGCCAGGAGCCGAGAGUCCAAUGUCCUUACUGCUCCGCCAAGAUGAAGCAACGCGGUCACGUUUACAGAGACGACGAUACCACGCAUACCCAGGAUUAUGCCCAUUAUGCCCAAGAAUCUGCAGCCACAGCUCUAUACGUCAUCAAUGAUGUCGAUCAAGGACCUAACGCUCUGGAUGACCAAGCAGAGCGGCGGGACUAUCGUAUACCCGUAUCGUUGUGA